UUAGAGUUAAGGAAUAGCUCAACUGAUAUGAGAUCAUUUUCACUGCGUGAUAUUCUCUGUAUCUCAUGUUCACAGCCCGUGGUGCAACAGAAGCCUCCUCUGCUGCAGGUUUACAGGCCAAACAUCCCAGCUCAGCAGCCCCUCCUCAGGCAGGUUCAGGAACUGCAGCUCAGACAGAGGAUCGACUUCCAACCCACAAGCCACAGCCCAACCAAGCUGCCAGACUAUCAGGCACUAGAGGGCAGCCCAGCCAGGAUGGGAGAUCAUCAGGAGCUUCAAGAUCCAGAGGGCAGUACCGCUGUUGUGACAGAUCCCAUGACUCCUGGUCCAGUCAGCCUGCCGGGCGUCGCACCUGACAACAACUCUGCACCUGUGACACCUGGAAACAGUGCACCUGUCACACCUGCCAACAGCAACCCCAGCACACCUGGCGAGGGCACAGGCAGCACUUCCACCAGUCCUUUCAACUUUGAGAAGCACAGACAGCACCUGCUACAGCUCACCUCCACCUCUCCUGGAUUCUCCAUGCCCAGUCGCCCCAUGUACCAGGCAGAGGGCGGGGACAGGGAUGAAGAGUCACAGGCCACACCAAAUGCAGGGAGGAACUUUAAGGUGGAAGAAGAGUCUCCCUUCAUGCAGUCCUUCUUUACUGGUUUUGGUGGGGAGCCUGUGGGUGCUGUAGGCAGUACCAAUGUUCCCAUCAUGUCAUCUACUGAACAACAGCCGCCAAACACAAGUGUAACAAGCACCGGGUCUCCAAGUGCAAACAAUGCAUCUGAGCAACCCCCAACUUCCAAAGGAUCACCUUUCUUCAAAGGCAUUCCUUCCCCUCCCAGUAAUUUCUCCUUUGGAAGUAUGACCCAGUCGGCAAAUACUGGUGUAUCCAGCAGUGCAACAUCUUUCUUCAGUAGCCAGAAUACCAGCACAUCUGUAAGUGACUCGUUCUCCUUGGGAAGUGUCCCUCCGAUGUCUUCAGUAGCUGCAUCCCUGUUUGGGGGAGGAGACUCCACCACCACAACUACUUCUGCAAACGACGGAGGCUCCUUCUUUGGCGGAUUUGGAGGCAGCAGUGAGAAGAGUGGAUCAGCCUGUAACUUGUUUGGCAGCGGGAGUCUGUUUGGAGGAGGAGGAGACAACUCUUCAGGCUCCAACUCUCCGCAGGGCUUCAGUUUCAACUUUGGCGGUGGCUCAUCUCCAAACAACGAGGCAGGGACGUCUGGGUUCUCCCUGUUUGGGUAGAGUUGUACCCAUCUUCCCACAUCCCCAGUGCUAGCCUCUUGCUUCUCGUAUCAUCCCUUAGCUUACAGUUUCUGCAUUCUGUUACUAGUGCUAGUGCUGACACUGUCCUUAGGGAACCAAGAUUUCUCGUUAAGAUUGUUUGAAGAAGUUUUUGGUGGCUCAACUCAAAACAGCAAUUUGUUAGCGGGCAUGUAUGGGUUCUCCCUGUUUGGUUAGAGUUGUGAGCAGGCCAAUGUUUUUUUCCUGUCCUCAGAUUCAGGUACUGGCCCUUUGUUCCUCUUAUUUAGUAAAAUACUGCUAGCCAGAGAGAAGGAUCCUUUCUAGUCCAAUGUCUUAGAAACUUUAAGAGUUCUUGUUAAGAUUGAAGAAGUUUCCCUGUCCUACAUUGUACA